GAUAAAGUGUGUAUAUUUACAAUAAGGAACCAUUAAAUUGCAUGUCAAAUAUUAACUUUACACAAACCAUAUACAUACAAUUGUAUGCCGAGUUAAAGGAGGUAAAAAAAAAAAAAAACAUGAAUCUUGAAAAUCUGUUUUCUUACACGUCCCCCAAUUUCCCUUGAUGAUUGCUGGGAAGGUGUGAAUAGCCAUCUAUUUGUUUGUUCGCAGCCUUUUUUCCUCGUCGGCGAACUUCAGUGUUUUGUAUUCCUCUAAAUCCAGCGGGCAGUUCUUAUUGGUAGGUGUAAAUGUUACAUCACAAUGAUUAUGACGCACCGUCUUCCUGUUUCCUUCAGCUGUGUCUUAAAGUGAAUCUUGUUGGUGGGAGAGAGCCUCAGCUCUUUUCAGCUCGACUCACAGAAAAACCCAAUUACAAGCCAGAAAGGAGAGCGGCGCACAAGAGCUCUCUGCUCUCUCGCGGCCAACUCUCCUGCUUGCCUUGAGAAAUUACAAUAUUCAUCACCAGGCAAACAGCCCUGUCUGUCUCUUACAUUAUAGCAAAGAAGAUCGCUUUCUUCUCAUCUCUGGAGUAAGUAACCUUGUCCUUAGAUAGCUCCCAGUUUAUUCUUUCUAGAAUUAAUCGUCCGCUCUCUUGGAGAAGCCAAUAGGUUCUACUGAGAGGAGGAGGUGCGAUUCGCAGUAUAUAUUUUACUGCUUAAUUGUCUUCAUUAGUACGCUUUAGAUUGCUUUUUUCCAAAAAUCGUUUUUUGAUAUUAACAACCAGAAGACAUUUUCAGAUUUCUUUUUGCUUAAUCGAAAAGGAUAUAGGGCUCAAUUGUUCCACUCGAACGAUCCUGGGGUUCGAGAGCUGUGCCCAGCUGACAAGCCUUUGAAGAUGACACAAUAGCAAUAGCAGUCCAGUGAUGCCUGACCAUGACAGUGCAGCCCUCUUAAGCAGACAAACUAAGAGACGAAGAGUUGACAUUGGCGUGAAAAGGACUGUAGGGACAGCGUCCGUAGCCUUUGCCCGAGCGAAAGCAAGCAUAUUCAGUGCCAUGAAUCCCCACAUUGCCGACCAGGACGUCGAGUGUUCAGUAGUGCAGCACGCAGAUGGGGAGAAGUCCAACGUGCUCCGCAAGCUGUUGAAGAGGGCAAACUCGUAUGAAGAUGCCAUGAUGCCCUUUCCCGGUGCCACCAUAAUUUCCCAACUUCUGAAAAACAACAUGACCAAAAACGGAGGCAAUGAGCCUAGCUUCCAGGGUAGCGGGCUGUCAAGCACUGGCUCUGAAAUCCACCAGGAGGACAUGUGCAGUAACUCGUCCCGGGAGAGUCCCCAGGAUUGCCUGUCACCCUUUAGUAGGCCCUCCAUGAGCCAAUUUGACAUCGAGCGACUCAGUGACGAGCACCUGAGGGCCAAGCGCGCCCGGGUAGAGAACAUCAUCCGCGGCAUGAGCCACUCGCCUAGCGUCACUCUGCGGCCUAGUGAGAGCGACCGCGAGGGGGUGCCACAGCCGCCCGGCAGCCCCCGCGAGAGCUACCGGGAGAACAAGCGCAAGCAGAAGCUGCCCCAGCAGCAGCAGCAGAGCUUCCGGCAGCUGGUGUCGGCGCGCAAGGAGCAGAAGCACGAGGAGCGCCGUCAGCUGAAGCUGCAGCUGGAGGACAUGCAGAAGCAGCUGCGGCAGCUGCAGGAGAAGUUCUACCAGAUCUAUGACAGCACCGACUCGGAGAACGACGAGGACGGGAAUCUCUCAGAAGACAGCCUGCGCUCCGACGGCAUGGACCGCCGCGCGCAUGACUCGGUGGCCGACCGUUCCGAUAACGAGAUGUCCGACCUGGACCCCGGGCACUUCCUGGACCGGGCGCGUGCUCUGAUCCAAGAGCAGAGCGUCAUGGCGGAAGGAGACAAACCCAAGAGGGACGGUCCGCGGGGGAAAGGGCAUGGACCCUCCUCCAUGCACGCAGAGGGCAAGCAGUUGGCUGAGACACUAAAGCAAGAGCUAAACACGGCCAUGUCCCAGGUCGUAGACACGGUGGUGAAAGUUUUUGCCAAGCCCCCACGUCCAGUUCCUCAGGUCUUCCCGUCGCACCCGAUGCCUCAGGACCGCUUCCCGGUGAAUGGAGAGAAUCCGAACUUCCACACGGCCAAUCAGCGAUUGCAGUGUUUCGGCGAUGUCAUCAUUCCCAAUCCACUGGACACCUUCGGCAGCAUUCAGGUCCCUCCUUCAAACGACCAAACGGAGGCUCUGCCUCUGGUGGUCCGAAAGAACUCCUCGGACCAGUCAUCCUCUCUGCCCACGCCUGGGGGGCACCAUCACCCCUCACUGCAUCCCUCCCCAUUAUCUGCCACCAUGGGGUUCAGUCCUCCUUCUUUCCGGCACCCUUUCCCCCUUCCACUAAUGGGCUACCCUUUUCAGAACCCUUUAGCCGCACCUUCAGGCUCCUACCCGGGCAAAGACAGGGCCUCCCCAGAGUCCCUGGACCUAUCCAGGGAGACUACCAGCCUAAGGACCAAGAUGUCAUCAAAUCAUCUGAACCACCAUCGCUCCUGUUCGCCUACACAUCCUGGGAGCACCGCAGAGGGCCUGUCCUUAUCCCUCAUCAAAUCCGAAUGUGGGGACCUUCAGGAGAUGUCUGACAUCUCGCCGUAUUCAGGAAGUACAAUUCAGGAAGGCCUAUCACCCAACCAUCUGAAGAAGGCCAAACUGAUGUUCUUCUACACAAGAUACCCAAGCUCCAACAUGCUGAAGAUGUUCUUCUCUGACGUGAAGUUCAACAGGUGUAUCACCUCCCAGCUCAUCAAGUGGUUCAGCAACUUCCGCGAGUUCUACUACAUCCAGAUGGAGAAGUUUGCCCGGCAGGCCAUCAAUGAUGGUGUGACCGGUGUGGAGGAGCUCAGCGUCAGCCGGGACUGUGAGCUCUACCGUGCGCUCAACAUGCACUACAACAAGGCCAACGACUUUGAGCAGGUUCCGGAGCGAUUCCUGGAAGUGGCGCAGAUCACGUUACGGGAGUUUUUCAACGCUAUUGUCGCAGGCAAAGAUGUUGAUCCUUCCUGGAAGAAGGCCAUAUACAAGGUCAUCUGCAAGCUGGACAGUGAAGUCCCAGAGAUUUUCAAAUCUCCCAAUUGUCUGCAAGAGCUCCUGCAUGAGUAAACGUUUCCAUUGUUACCCCCCUUGCACCCCCCCAACCCCUUGAAUGUAUAAAGUAGCACUCCCAUUUUGAAGCCUGACUAUUUUGGGACCCUAUUUUUUUUCCUUUUCUUCCUGUGAAAGGUCUUUGAAUCCACUGAGAGUUUUGACAGUGUGAAUCCCCCUUUUUACCUGCCCCCUAACUUGAGGGGGGGGUGGGGGGCGGGGGGGUUACCACUUAUACAUGGCACGGUGGCUAAUUAUACUGUUAACCUGAAAUUCUCCCAUUUGGUCACUAAUAGGGCUCCGUUUCGCCGAGAGAUGUCUGAAGUGUGUGAAGGUUUUCUUGCGGAAUAAGACUAUACAUUUACAGAUUGUAUAGGUGUAAUUAUUAUUUAUAAUUAUUAUAAUUAUUACUAUUAAUGUUAUUGCUUGCUUCGAAUUGAUACAUUAUUGAUUAUCUUGUUUGUUUCAUGACGAUGCUUCAUAAAAUAAAUUAUUCUAAAAAAAUAUAUAAGGGUAGAAAUUCUCUACGAAGUAUAUUUGAGAUAGAUCGUUUUGUUUGAAUAUUGUGAAAACUCUGUUCUCAGUUUGGCGGGUUUUUUUUCUUCUCCUUUUGGCAUGAAUCCACAUUCUCCUGUUUUUCUGUCCACUCUGAUAGCACAGGCACUGGGGAGAGAGACCUGCUCCCUGGCUUUCUCCUUGACAGAGCAGCCUAUUCCUGUAACUAAGCAACGUGGUCAUUUCAUACAAACGCAGGCCAGUUUUGCACAAAAAAAAAGAAAAAGAAAGAUGGACGCUUUCCCAGUCAGGGACCACUCUUGUUAAUAAAAGCACAUCAUCAAAAUCACACACGUGCAUAUGCAGACGCGGCAGUGUACACAGGCACAGAUGAACGUCUAACAAUUACACUUCCACAGAGUGAGGGAAGUUGUUUUAUAUUGUUCAUUCCGCACUCUCUCUUUCACAAACGUUUUUGCGUGUGUCGCUGAUUUAAAUUUAUAAGUGCUAGCUGACCAUGACCUAAACCAACACAGAGGAUAUAUAGUCAUUGAAUAAACAUCCUUUUGGACACAGGCACAGUACAGUUUCACACAUAAUUUUCUUUUUUUAAACUUCUGAAAGACCCCCCCCCCCCCCCCCCGAAUAAAUUAAGUGCGACAAAUAUGUGACAUUAUGUGUAACAAAUGGAUCAACUAAAUGUAGGCACUCUUUGUCCAAUUACAUUUAAAACUAUUGUUUUACAGUUACUGUGUGAUACAGGUUUAAAAAAGAAGACAAUAAUUGAGAUACCUGAAAAAGUAGUAGUUAUAUUCACCUGUGAAGACGUUUUAAUUUGUUUGGGUGAGUUUAAUUUUAAUUUGUAUAUAGAUGGAAACUGCAGGUGAAACAUGACAUGUUUAUUUUGAAUGGCACUCUCGAAAUAGGACAGGCAAAUUGUCCCCUGACUGUGACACACUUAAGGGUGCCUUUUGUCAUCCGUGCCAUUUUACAAAGAAAAGUGAAUCCGGGGGUCAGUUGAUGCAGUCAGUGUUACUUUUCAUACCAAACAUAUAUCGUUCAUGCAUUGCUGGUCACCAAAAAUUGAAAUUUGUUGUCACAUGAUUAUGAAAUGAUACAGCAGGUUUUAAACACAGACUCCAAACAUCCUCCCGUAUCAUCAAAUUUCCCAUCUCAUAAUGCUCAGUCGACCAUGGGGCCCCACGAGGGGGCUGAGCGACAUACGCAAACACGUGCAUUUUUUGUUUUUUUUUUCCGGAAAUCCAGCUGAUGAAUUGAAAUGUGCCCCCCUACUCCCCCACCUGCAAUUAUCGUCAGCACAAUGCCUUAAAAACCUGCUGACUUCCAAAACGAAGAAGUACAAAAGCUUGCGAGGUCCCGCCGUUAUGCCCGGGGCCCUGGCAGCCUCGACCAGCCUCUGGACAAUGCAGACAAUAGAGGGAACGACGUGCCAAUGUUUUAACUCUGUUUAGAAAGGAGGAAACGAGUGCAGUGUUGCUAAACCCCGUCACUAUCGCUCAUGCCACUACCCCUUCAUAUAAACACUUAUUUUCAACUGCUUUACAUGAAACUUUAUCUUCAAACGAAAAAUAAAGUGAAAGCAAAUAUCUACUCAAGAGAAACUCCAAGAAAGCAUAUUAAUUAGUUACUAAAACUGUUUAUAAAUUCAUGGCAAUUAUUUUUUUUUUUUACCUCUUUUUACAACAUGUUUGUUGCCAGAAGUAAUAUUAUGAGUCAAUUGCUACACUUGAUGCCGUUGUUAUAGCAUUUUUAUGAUUUUGGUUCUUAUAAAUAUCCAUAAUUUUGGUCCAUGCCUCGUUUACUUUCUGCAGAUUACUAAUUGUUAGCAUUGGAGAGGUUUGUGUGUGUGUGUGUGUGUGUGUGUGUGUGUGCGUGUGCACGGGUUUGUAUUACCGACAUUGUGGGGACUAAAUUCCCCCACAAUGUGGUAAAAUUUUUAGAUUGUAGAGACAUUUUUCAGGUCCCCACAGUCAAAAAACUGAAAUAGCCAAAAGACUUUGGUUAGCUACAUGUGGUGAAGGUAUGGCUAGGUAGGGGUUAAGGUUGUCAUUGUUGGGCUUAGGGUUAUGCCCAUAAAAAUGAAUGGAUGGUCCCCACAAACAUAUGAAUACAAACACAUGUGUGUGUGGAUUAGGUUUAUAUUACAUUGUGGGGACCAAAUGUGGUCAUGUUGGCAUUAGAGUUUUCCUCAAAGAAAUGAAUGGAGAGUCCCCACAAAGAUAUAAUUACAAACCUGUGUGUGUGUGUGUGUGUGUGUGUGUGCGUGCACUUUAAUGGGUGGCAGAUAACAGUGGUAAGGCAAAGAAGUCAAAGAUAUGACAGAAUCUACUGGGCAAGAAAUAAUGUUAUUUGUACUUAGUCUCAUUGCUUCUCUUUAUGUCCUGUUCAGUCUCUUAGCCUCUUGACAUUGACAUGAAAAGCCUAUGGACUUCCAAUGUGCACAGUGUAAAACUUGAAGGCAAAAAGAUCAGAGAAUCUCAUUCAUUCAUCGCUAAUCGUUGUGAAACUAAUUAUUCUGAUGUUGAGAUAAUAUAUUUUUCCUGUCAGAUUAACUUUCCCUGUUGUGUGAUGUGAUGUUAUAGUUGCCUGUGCCUAGAUUUUGUGAAGCACCAGCAGAAGGGUGACAUACCUUCAAAACUGAAGUAAAAGUAGUUUUUAAAGAAAAUGCUCUGUCCCUCCAUUCCAAAAUGUAAAAUAGCUAUUGUGCCUUUCGUGGCAAACGCUUUCAUCCCCUUUUAUAUUACCAUAGUUAUUAUUAUUAUUAUUAUUAUUAUUAUUAUUAUUAUUAUUAGAACCGCAAUAAAUAAUGCAUAGAAUUUGGUAUUUGUUUUGUUUUGCUACUUAAUAGAAUGACAACAGCUAAUGCACAUGCUGUGUCUUUUUAAAUCAAACGUGAUAACUAUUUCAAAAAUGGUAACGAUGAAGUAAACAGUUUUUGAAGAGUAAAUUUUUAGAAAAAUUUGAUAGAGCAAAUUAUUUUUUCUUAAUGUCUGAAUGGCAUUCAAGUUACAAAGAUUCUCGUAGGAACCAAUCAUUUUGUAACUGUGGUGCAAAAACCCUUUUUUUAGGCUAUUCAAAAGUAGCAUAGAAGCAAUAUUCCAGUUAGUGUGUGUGUGUGUGUGUUCAUAUGUGGAGGUGUGUGUGCAUGAAGUGUUACAUGUAUUUUCUACAUAAUGAUACUUUGUUUUUAAGUUUUAGCAAUUAUCUCUAUACAAUGGUUUGUUUGCAUCUUACGUUUCACAGAUGUUUGUAUACAAGGGUGUAUUUUCUUUUUUUUGUUUUUUCAAAAAGUGAAGGAUGAUUUUAAGCUAUAAACAUUACUGUUGCCAUUAACAAAAUAGAUUGGACGCUAGAGUAUUAUAAAUUACAAGUCUGACACUGCAGUGGCAAGGAGAAUGAAACUUAAAGGCUACUGCAAAACACUUGAUCUGAUCUACAAUUUUUCACCAUGGUAAUCUCCAGUUUACAUGUACAAGAAUUGUUUUAAUUGACCCUUGAUGUUUUCUUUAAAGAAAUAUGAUACAUUUUCUAGUAUACUGUAUAUAGUGAGUUACAUAUGUAUACAGUAUAUAUGCAGAAUGUCUAUAGCUACAUUUGGCUAUUCUGAAACGUAUCUAUCAAGUAAGUAACAUGAAUUAAUUAUUCUGAUUAACGAUAAUGUCACACCCUGCCUGAAUAGUCCGAUACAAAAGGACAACCAGGCCUCCCUCUCUGGUCUCUCUCUCUCGGAUAGGUUUGCGCUGAUAACUGGUAUGACAUGAGAAACCAUCACACAGCUCAGCGGUCUGGGCGACCUGAAAUUGUAUUGUCAGUGCUAAUGUGGGAGUUACGACAAAAAAAAGAAAAAGAAAACACUAGUGCACUGGUGCCGUUUAGCUUUCCGUUGACCUCGGCUGUCCCCUUCAGCGGCAACUCAAUUUGUUCAAAGCCAGUUUGUGUUUGAGCUUAUGUCAGUCUAUUUAUUUAUUUACUUUAUUUAUUUACUACCGCUGUUGUUUCCGUGAAAGGAUUAGACAUCGUCACAUUUUAUACACUUUUUGUUGUUCUUCUACCCUUUCAAGAUUGUUAAAUGGGCCGAAUGGUCUCCUCUCGUUUGUAAAUUUCUUAUGUUCUUAAAUCCCCCUCCUGGCUAGGUUUCGAUUACCAUUUUCCAAAAAAAAAAGAAACUUUAAAAUAAAAUAUUUUUAAUAUGUUACAAAGAAACAAAGUGUACAUUGUAAUUCUGUUAGGUGUAGGGAGAAACUAAAUGGAAAGUGUGAACAUUGCUCUGUGUACAUUAUACGUUACAUGGUAUGUGAGAGAUUACGUUCUCUCCCUGUUUUUUUCCCCCUAGUGGUCUUGUGUAUGUAAAUACUGUAUUAACAAAAAGUGGGAAACACUGCCUUUGUAUUAUUUAGCAAUAUGUUGUAAAUAGCAUUGUUAUGCUUUUUUUGUAUUAAAAAAAAUGAUUUUGUGCAGUAACUUCAACUGAUAUUGUCAUGAUUUCAUAUUAUAUAAAUAUGAUAUAUAAUAUGAUUUGUUUCAUAUUUGAAUACCCAUAUAUAGCUAACGAUCUGGAUUGUGGAUUUUUGUUGUCAUUUUUGUCAUGCAGAUUUUGCAUAAUUUAUUUGUUUAAUUUAUGCUAAUUUAUUUAAUGAAGGUGUACGUUUCUUUGUUACCAACAAUGUACUGUAAUACCAUACAGUAGAAUUCAACAAUAUAAAUCCCUUGACGAUUACGUAAGUGCAAGCAGCCAAUGGAAUUUAAAAAAAAAAAAAAAAAGCUUGUUCCAAGAUGAGCUUGGCAGCUAGUAAAGUCAAGAAGAAGAAAUGUACAAAGUUUUUUGGAAGUCUAAGAUGUUUUUGUGUUUUUUGUGUUUUAGGCUUUUGUAUUCUGUCAGACUUUCUCCUUUGCUUUGUACCACCUACACAAUACAGUAGUUCAAUUGCCUCGUGUGCCUUCCAUCUUCUCUGAACUGAAUGUAUGUGCAGUAUAUAUGCAAGCUUGUGCAAAAUAAAAACAAAUUCCAGACG